GCACAAAUGGAAGGGGUUGUUGGAUUAAUUACGCAUAUAGAGAAAAAGAAAAACCAUUUGACAUGAUAUUGUCGGGGCCAAAAAAUCCAAAAUCUGUUGUACGUAGUAUCCUUGAUCCUAUUAUCGAGGCGAGGCAUGUUAGGAUACAUCCUGGUUAUAUGAAGGGUCAAAAUGUGUGUAUGAGGCUUGAGCUUUAUGGGUGCGCUUUCGAAAAAGAUGUAAAAGGUGUUCCAGUGCAGGAUCCCACAGUAUCUAUGUAUGAAAAUUACAAGUCAGGAUGUGCGGGGCUAACGACAAAUUCGAUUGUGAUGUUUUUCGCUGGUGUUGCUACAACUCUUGGCACUGUAUUGCUUGUUGUUUUCAUUUUUCGGAUACGCAGAAGAAAUUACGAAGUUUCAAAGUUAGCUACUGGUAUUAAUGCAGUCCAUACGGCGGUCGAGACCCAAACUGAGCAUGCCAUAGACGCACCAGCGGUUGUUGUUCUAAUCGAACCAGUGACAAAACCACCACCACAAAAUAUCCAGAAUAUAGAAUAUGCAGUUCCAGAGAACAGUAGAACAUGCCCAUAUGAACAAGUGGACGAUUCACCACCAGUACCAUCUGUUUAUACAGGGCUUGAUAUUAUCCGUCGUGAUGGCAGAGAAACAGAUGAUAGAAACUACCAGAAACUCCUCAAACGCGAAUCAGAUUAUGUCAUACCAGCUAAUAGCGUGUCAGAUUCUCCGGAUGAAGAAGGUCGAGGUGAAUUUAAAUCAAAAACACCUUUAGGCUACACAGAGCUGGAUUUGACAAAACUAGGACAGACUAACAACCCGCCAUACCAGCAUUUAAUAAGAAGGCCAAGUAAACCUUUACAUUAAUUUCGGACAUUUUCCCAGUUC